AUGUCCAGGAACCUUUUCGUGGAUGCUCGCAUGCAAGCUUUCUGGAAAGAAGCAAUAGAGAAAGAAGCUAAAUCAAGACUGCAUUCUUUCAAAAAUCUGAAAGGCCAGCCUCGUUGUCAGGGCCGCCAAUUUGAAGUGUUCCGUAAGAAGAUCGAGGAGGGGAGGCCUUCUGAUGCCAUAUUACAACGUCUCCCGCCGAUUGCCGUCGAAACUCGCCAUUGCAGGAAGAAAGCGGAUUUCAAUGAAAUUUUCGACUUUGAAAAAAGCGAAGCAGUAGUUAGUCUACCAGAGAUGCGACCUGUGUCUCCCCUAGUAAGACGAACCUUGUACGAUGGUUUCACCAAAGAAGGCAAGGGCCGGGACAUUUACCUCAGGCAGCGCUAUGACAAGCCCCCUGAGGACAAGUUUACAUUUCCGUCGUGCACUUCCUGGGAUUACGGUUGGCGGCUGAAGGAUUCGUACGAAGGCGAGGAUAAGAAAAGAUCCGAGUUUGGUCACUACUGUAUCAUGGAGAAGAAUUUUUAUUCUAGAAACGGACCGCAGAGCAGCUGCAGCAACACCCAUUAG